AUGGGUUCGCUCGGCAGCUUCCUCCUAAUCUACGUGUUGGGAGGAAUUACCUUCAUCCCUCUGGUGCUAUCAUUAUUCUUACUACAUGCCUACCUGACACUCCCUGAUGUCUUAUCCUCACAAAGGACACGUAAAGCUUCCGACUCAUUGCCUCAGCCUGACGAUGACGAGUAUAGCUUGAAAUCCGGUACCGACCAGCUGGCUGAGAAAUUCCACCGCACCCACGAUUCCGAUGUUGCUGCUGGUUACUUUGCUGUUUGUCGUGAAUACGUUCCUGGUGGUGUCAAUGGGAAACCUCCGGAGAGGACAACCCCCGCUGGGGAGGUCGUUGCCGCCGAGAGCCCCAGUGUCUAUCAGUCCAUGUAUCGAAGCCUGUUCGACCGCAAGCAGACGCCUAGUAUUGAGCCGGCAAAGUCGAAUGGGAAAAAUACGAAACGGGCGAGGAAUGUCUUUUACAUUGUUCUACGACAUGGCCACUUGAUGCUCUAUGACGAUGCAAACCAGGUUGAGGUCCGCUAUGUGAUUUCUCUCGCUCAUCACGAUGUAUCCGUCCACGGCGGCGAAGCUGAGAUACCGGAGGCCGAGCUGUGGCUCAAGCGGAAUGCCAUCUGUCUUUCACGGCGACUGGAUUCGCUGGGAGACUUGGGAGGACCAACACCGCCGUUCUACUUGUUCUCCGAGAACUUGUCAGAGAAGGAGGACUUCUAUUUCGCUAUGCUUCAGAAUCAGACAAAGCUGUGGAGUUCUGCGGACCGCCCUCCUAAGCAGCAGGACUUUGACGUGAAGCACAUUGUGUCCCUCGUACAACGAUUGCAUUCCUCAGAGGAGCAGCUGCAGACACGGUGGAUAAAUGCUUUCUUUGGACGCUUGUUUCUGGCUUUGUAUCGGACCCCGGAACUGGAAGAGUUUUUGCGGAGCAAGAUUGUUAAAAAGAUCUCCCGAGUGAACAAGCCGAACUUCAUCAGUAAGAUUGGUCUGCACAAGAUCGAUAUGGGGGAAGGGGCUCCCUUCAUCACCAACCCUCGCUUGAAGGAUCUGACCGUGGAUGGCAACUGCUGCGUUGAGAUGGAUCUUCAAUACACAGGAAACUUCCGACUCGAGAUCUCAGCCACGGUGCGUAUCGAUUUGGGUUCUCGCUUCAAAGCAAGAGAGGUUGAUAUCGUACUGGCAGUGGUGUUGAAGAAACUCGAGGGUCAUUUGCUAGUCCGCUUCAAGCCUCCACCGAGCAAUCGACUUUGGAUAACUUUUGAAACCAUGCCGAGAAUGGUGAUGGACAUUCAGCCCAUUGUCAGCUCCAAGCAGAUCACCUACGGUCUUAUUCUGCGCACCAUUGAGAGUAAAAUCCGUGAAGUGGUGGCAGAAAGCAUUGUCCUGCCAUUCUGGGAUGAUGCGCCCUUCCUGGACACUAUGGGUCAAGCAUUUCGUGGUGGUCUCUGGCAGCGAGAUAUGCCAGACCUCGAAGCCGAUGCAGAAAUACCUGAUGAGUCUGGCGAACCUUCGGAAACACCAAAGAGUGUCCGCGGAGACUCGAUCGAGUCCCUAAAGUCCAAAGAUGAGAGAACGAUGAGCAUGCCUGCUCUCUCCGAGUCUUCCCCCAGAAUCAAAGCCCGCAAGCCUCUAAAACAAGCCUCAUCAGAUGCCCAGCCGAAAUCCUCGGUCGCAACCUCUACUGGUAUCGAGAGAUCGGACAGUACGCCUGCACCCCGCUCCAUCCGCUCGCAUACAUUCUCGAAUGCAGCCGAUCCAGUGGUCACUGCAGACAAUGCAAACAAGGUUGCAUCGCCAACCAAGAAGGACGACAAGAGUGACGCCACUAGUGCCAUGAUUGAAAUAUCAAGUCGCUCUCCACCAACCUCGCCCAAUAGGACUCCAAGCAGCUCGCCCCCCACUGGCGGUAUCAUGAUGCCAGAGAAUGCGUUUCACAGCCGAAAUUCCUCCAUCGCGGAAUCUAUAGACAGCGUCAGCCUCCUCGGGGAUCAGGUCAUCACAAGUCCCUCAUCCGCUCGUCUUGAGAACACGUCUUCUUUCUCCGGCCUGCGAAGCUCUCGAGAAAGCUCCUCCACAUCACUAUCAAGCGAGAAGCCGCGCAGGCGCAGUACCAUCGAGACAUUCACCAAGUCAUUCCAGUCAGUGACAUCCGAUGACAGGACUUCUGGAAACAUGACUAUUGGAUCGGCAACCGCUGCUGCAAAGAAAUGGGGCAUGAGUGUGUUUGGGAAAGGGGAGGGACCUCAUGAUCAAGAUUCAUCUCGAACGCCCGCGGGCACCCCAGAUCAACCCAUUGGACGUGGACAUCCCCACCCUCCUCCUGGGGCCUCCUUACUGCGACCGGACAAAUAUGCCUUGAAAAGAAAUUCGGCCACUCUACCGAAGCGGAAGCCGUUGGUUGUGGCACCGCCCUACUUAGAAUGGUCUAACACGGGGGAUCAUCGACCUGUGCCGCCUCCGCCCUUGCCUCGCCGAAAGCCCAUUCCCCCUCAUCUGCGCACCGAUAGUGCAGACGAGGUGCUUGUGGUCGAGGCUCCAUUCGAUUCUGAUCCGAAUAGUCCGAUGGUCGGCGACGUCGACUCGGAAGAUGGUCCAAAGCAGGCUAUCCUCCUCGAGAGCGGUGCCUCGUCCCAAGCCGAUCUAACCGAAUCGAAUGCUACUUGGGAUCCUCAGGACAGCCAAGAUGCUCAGUCCAUCCGGUCUCUUGGUCAGUCUCUGGCUUCUACGCAUGACAGCAACGAGGCCUUGCCGCCGUCUGGACAAGUGGAAGUUUCAUCGGUAUGA